AUGGAUCUUGUAGUGGCUGAGGACGGAGUAGAAGAAGUCGGAGAAAGGGGAAACCAACCCGGCGAUGAUGCUGCUCAUGAAGAAGGGGUAGAAAGUGCUGCCUGGGGCUUCCGGCUCGGCGGAGCCAACCCGGAGCGCAGUCUUCCUCUUCUCAUCACCCUCCGCCGUCAUCAGGAGCACGGCGGCAAGAAUGCUAGUUUUGAUGUUAAAGAUGCUGGUUGCCAUGACUUGGCAGCAAGAGCUGCCAUGUUUGGAGCUUCAACUACAAUCAACAGCGGCGCGACAACAUCUACUACGGGGACCUCGGAGCACAUGGAAGGGGCGUUCCACGAGCAAGUCACCAAUGCUGCCACAAAAAAUGCAGAAUCAGUGUCAGAACUGGCAAUCCUUGCAGCAAUGACGACAAGCAUGCCUGUGCACACCAGCACAAGCAACACUCAAGCAGAUGAAACAACCGCCAAUAAUGAAGUGAAUGAUGAAACUGAUGAUGAAGCGCAAGGGGAAAAAGAAGAUGAGAAAUCGGAAUUCGUGAUACCUCAACCACCAUAUGUUGGGAAGAAAUUUGGUUCUUUUGAAGAUGCCAAGGAAUUCUACCAGAGAUAUGCAAUGUUCCAUGGGUUUGCGGUGAACACAAAAUACCAUAGGAAAAUAAAAAAAACUAACGAGUACAGCAGAGGUGAGAUAAGGUGCUACAAGGCACGAAGGAACAAGAAGGGUAAAGGUGUUGUGCCUGUCGUGCUGGAACGAAAGAGAGGCAUCAUUGUCAAGACAAAAUGCCCUGUCCGGUUGAAGCUAAAUGCAAAUGGAGCAUGGUGGGUGGUCAUCGAAUAUUUCGACGAACACAACCAUGAACUCAUAAAGAAGUUUGACCUAGUAAAAUUUCUGAGCACCCACAGAGGAUUCAGCCCCCUCGAGAAGAAAUUCAUAAAGUUGCUACAUGAUUGUAAUGUUGGUCCAUCAAUAAUGGUCCAAAUACUGUCCCUGAUCCACAACGGAGAUGGUAGUCUGAGUAGCAUGCCCUACAAACCAGCGGACGUCACGAACCUAAAGGCAAAGUACCAUAGAGAGAGCAGGUUGGCUGACAUAGAAGACACAACAGCCUACCUCGAAGAGAAAGCAAAAUCAGAUACUGAUUUCUUCUACAGGAUAAGAUGGGACGAUGAGGACCGUGUCAAAAACAUGUAUUGGGUGGAUGGUGCUGCAAGAAGAGCCUACAAACAUUUCCGUGAUUGCAUUUCGUUCAACGCGACAUAUCUCACGAAUAUGUACAAGAUGCCCCGCGCUCCUUUCAUAGGAAUAAAUAACCACAAUCAGUCAUUGCAGUUCGGCAUAGAGGAGGUCUUUCCGUUGGCAGUGCACAGGCACUUCAGGUGGCAUAUUAUUAAGAAGGCCGAGGAGACGCUAGGACCAUUCUUUGUUGAUCGUCCAGAACUACACAAGGCAUUCGAGUUGUGCGUGGACCACAGCUUGAUGGUGGAGGAGUUUGAACGGAGCUGGACGACUAUGAUUGAAACAUACCAAGUCCAAGACAACGAGACACUUAAUAGCCUGUGGGAGAAGCGAAUGUACUGGGUGCCGACCUACUUCAUGCAGUGGUUCUUUCCAUUUUUGCAGACUAUGCAACGCAACGUGGGGUUCAAUGCUGUUUUGAAGCAGUAUGUGAGCCCUGGCAACUCAUUGCUGCAGUUUGCCAAGCAAUACACAACUUUGCAACAGAAAAUACUGGGGUUUGAGCUACAGCAAGAAGCAAACACCACACUCAAGGAGCCUAAAUUGCUAACAUGUUUACCGAUAGAGAGGCAGAUGAGCAAGAUAUACACCAACAAGAUUUUUAACAAGUAA